UAAAACUUUUAAUUAGAGGUAAAACGUCCCGUGUCCGACGCGAGAAUCCCAAGUAGUGGGCGCCCGGAGCAGUUUUACGUUAUUGGACUUCAAUAUGGAUUCUAUCCGGUCAAACAUGGCUGGCGGCCCUCAUAAAGGCAGCAAACCGUUUCAGGUAUGCGGCGGCAUACUGUUGGCACUGGUCUGCAUCACGCUUCACGGCUGCAUCGGUACCACCGCAACGGCCCAGCAUCAGGGGCAUCCUGUCGCUCCAACAAUUUACAGCCGACCGGGGCCGCCACUCGAAAUCGAUUCGAAACCAAAAUUGCUAGGCUUCAAUCGGGCGCUCGGUGAGCGGCUGCUGGCAACCGAAGCCACCCUACGACCUCUGAAGGCCCGGGCUGCUCGGCUGGAGCACCGUUUCCACGUCUUCCAGCAGCGGGCAGCUCGGCAGGAUUCUCCCAAUCGGAAGGACACGACGACGACGGUGCGGCGAACCGAACGGAACGGUCUGCUCCGGGAAGCCCAACAACUCCGGGCGGACGUUGAGCACAAGUGGCAACGGUUCGGGGAGCUGGAGCGCAACUAUCGGAGUAUGCGGCGACUGCUUCCGGGUGGCCGCAAGGCAGGCGGCGGGGUGCCGCGCGCUUGGCUCGAUCACGACGCCGAACGGCAGAUGGCGCUCAACGAGCGGGUGUACAAAAACAUCAUCAACCUGCUGGUGCAGCUGAUCGAGUGCCCUGUGAACAUCAUCCACGACAUGGUUGGCGGUGGCGGCGCCGGAGAACCGACGCCACUUCCUCCGACCACGGCGGCGGCCUUCCCGGACGGAGACGGGGCCGAUCCGGCGGUGGACGACGAGUACGGAGACGAACAACCGCCGAAUCCCGACGCCGAGCUUCAGGAGGCACGAGAGAACGGGAGCCUCUCCGAUCGGUUCCCUUCGAGCGAUGGAUGGGUGCAUGAAUUUCACUUCUAGUGCACACCACCGACCAUCGAAGAAAAAUGGCGCCCGGCUGCACAUCGCCUGCGUUGAGAAAAGGAGGUCAACAGAGUCGCCCGCCAACACUCCGGAACGAUGCUCUGCGUUGGGGAUAUUGUUUUCCACCGCCAAAAGGAGCCGUCGGUCUUGGCUCCCAGCGAAAGUAAGGACCAUUUGUGUAUUCGUAUUUUUUUUCGCUUCGGUUGGGUGUUGAUUUUGUUUACUGCAUGGUGAAGGGAUGCCUGAAGGGCGGAAGAGUGGUUGACAAUCUCAUUUUGAAGUAAAAUUUAUUGCUUGUUUCCACCAGCGAAGUCCAGGAAGUUUGCGUUAGGGAAG